AUGCUUCUGUUUCUCGCCCCUUUUCUUCUCCUGCUCCAGCAGGCAUUCGCCUAUGCCGUCAGCAACGAAUGCAUCGACCCCGGUUUCGUCGUACUAGGGAUCAACAUUCCUGCUGCUGUCGACGAGGCGCUCAGUAUAGCAGAAUAUGGCGGAUGGCGACUGCAGACAAAUCAGCCAGCAGUGGGACAAGUACUCCAGCAGCUGUUAGGGAACGAUGGAAACGCCAAGUCGAUGUUCAUAAAUCGAAUGGCUGCGGUGCCUGCCGCCUUUGGCCCGUACUCUGGGCCUUUCAAUCCACUCACCAUGCUUGACCAUACUGUGGUCAUUAAAUGCAAGCCCACCACUCUCACACCGGUCUUCCACAUUCCGAACGGCAACAUCCUCGGAUGGAAAGAUGAUGACUUCCCCAUCAUGCCAAUGAUCAGCGGCGCAGAUGAUCCCUGCAAUCCCAACAUAGUCGCGAUCAUGUACAUGACCGGAUACUCAAGAACACAGAACCUCGCCGGCACGGCACUGCUAGGUCCUUCGCAUGUCAUAAUGCUCUGUAGCGUCGCUCCCGGACAAGCGAUGUACUGCAGAAACACCAUCGGCAAGGACUGGGCUCAGCGACGGUGGGACGGCCAAUCUUUCGAUGUGAUCGGGCAGUAUCUGCCACCGACUCUGUUGCAUGAAGCGCUACAUGUAGCUGGCCCAUUCCACUCACAAGCCACAGUCCCGGCUACACUCCCGUCUGGAAGAUCAGAGAUGUAUCAGUGGUCAGGCAUCGUCACAUCGAACCGAAACGAUGACAAACAAGCAAACGCUGACGGCUAUUCGACCUUGGCGUCAGGUUCGUGA